AUGGAACAAUUCGAGAACUUUUACAUCACCACGCCAAUAUAUUACGUAAACGAUAAGCCGCAUAUUGGUCACGCAUAUACUUCUCUCAUCUGUGAUGUUACAGCUAGAUUUAUGAAACUAGCUGGAAAAAAAGUCAAAUUUACCACCGGCACAGAUGAACAUGGACAAAAAAUAGAAAAAGCAGCUAAAGCAAAGGAAAUGCAGCCAAAAGAAUUUACAGAUGAAGUAAGUGUUUCAUUUAAAAAAUUGGCUAAGUUCAUGAAUUUUGAGUAUGACGAUUUUAUUCGCACUACGGAGGAACGUCACAAAAAAGCAGUUAUAGCUUUAUGGAAUAGACUUGAAGAGAGAGGACAAAUAUAUUUGGGUUCCUAUUCGGGUUGGUAUUCAGUUCGUGAUGAAGCAUUUUAUCAGGAAUCAGAGCUGAUAGAUGGCAAAGCGCCAACAGGAGCUGAAGUUCAGUGGAUAAAAGAAGAGAGCUACUUUUUUCGCUUAUCAAACUGGCAAGACAAAUUACUUGAGCUAUAUGAAGGUCAACCAAAUUUUAUCUUUCCUGAGAGCAGAAAAAAUGAAGUGGUAUCGUUUGUAAGAUCAGGGCUCAUUGACCUCUCAAUCUCUCGCGCUAGUUUUAACUGGGGAAUAAAAGUACCAGGUAAUGACAAACACGUAAUCUAUGUUUGGAUAGAUGCAUUAACCAAUUAUCUUACAUCAAUAGGUUUCCCUAGUACUGAGGGUGAGGAAUAUAAAAGAUUUUGGGCAGAAUCCAAAACGCAGAUUCCAGUGUCAAGCACUGGAAUGACGCCGAACUUAGCUGACAACUCUUUCAAUGUUCAUGUAAUUGGUAAAGACAUAUUGCGCUUUCACGCUGUAUAUUGGCCAGCGAUUCUCCUUUCAGCAGAUUUGCCACUGCCAAAACAAAUUGCAGUUCAUGGUUGGUGGCUAAACGAAGGAGAAAAAAUAUCCAAGUCCCUUGGUAAUGUCAUAGAUCCAAUUGGCCUCGCUCAAGAGUUUGGUGUUGAUCAACUACGCUAUUUUCUCCUUCGGGAAGCAAGUUUUGGCCAGGAUGGCAACUUUAGUAAGAAAAACAUGAUCAGCCGCAUAAACUCAGAACUUGCAAACAAUAUAGGCAAUCUAGUACAAAGAACAAUUUCAUUUUUACACAAGCAAUGUUCAGGAAUUGUACCAACAAUCGAUCAAAGCCUACUUAAAGAUGAAGAAAGUCUUCCAGGUUGCAAAGCUAUACUCGAUCAGGUGAUGAAUCACCUAUCAAAGUAUGAGUUUAACCAGAUUAUACUUCUAAUUAUCAACAUCUCUUCUGAAGGCAAUGCUUAUAUAGACAAAAGUGCACCCUGGAUAUUAAGCAAAACUGAUAGAGAACGCAUGAAUUUAGUAAUCUACAAAUUACUGGAAUAUAUAAGAAUAAUAGGCAUUUUAUUGCAGCCAAUUGUUCCCAAGUCAGCGGAAAUGAUACUUGAUCAAUUGCAAAUUCCAAAAGAACAACAAGAUUUAAAAUCUCUGUGCGACGCGUGCGUAAGUUCAGGCAUAACAUUGCCUAAACCUACGCCGGUUUUUCAAAAGUUAAUGCUUAGCAGCACUAUAGACUGA